GCUGCAGACCGCGGCGAGCGAUGAGGAUGGAGGCCCGGGAGGCAGCGGCGGCGGGGGCGGGCGGUCGCGCCGCGGGCGGCUGGGGCAAGUGGGUGCGGCUCAACGUGGGGGGCACGGUGUUCCUGACCACCCGGCAGACGCUGUGCCGCGAGCAGAAGUCCUUCCUCAGCCGCCUGUGCCAGGGCGAAGAGCUGCAGUCGGACCGGGAUGAAACGGGGGCCUACCUCAUUGACCGUGACCCCACCUACUUUGGGCCCAUCCUGAACUUCCUCCGGCAUGGCAAGCUGGUGCUGGACAAGGACAUGGCUGAGGAGGGCGUGCUGGAGGAGGCGGAGUUCUACAACAUCGGCCCACUCAUCCGCAUCAUCAAGGACCGGAUGGAGGAGAAGGACUACACCGUGACCCAGGUGCCGCCCAAGCACGUGUACCGCGUGCUGCAGUGCCAGGAGGAGGAGCUCACGCAGAUGGUGUCCACCAUGUCUGACGGCUGGCGCUUUGAGCAGCUGGUGAACAUCGGCUCCUCCUACAACUACGGCAGUGAGGACCAGGCCGAGUUCCUGUGCGUGGUGUCCAAGGAGCUGCACAGCUCCCCGCAUGGCCCGGGCUCCGAGGCCAGCCGUAAAGCGAAGAGCGCGGAGGAGCAGCUGGAGGAGCAGCGGCAGCAGGAGGAGGAGGUGGAGGAGGUGCAGGUGGCCCAGGUGCAGGUGGAGGCAGAUACACAGGAGAAAGCUAUUACAAGCCAGAGACACCCGGAUGUGAGGCCCCAGAUCACCUGCAGGGACUUGGGGUUCCCAUCUGAAAUCCUUUAUUUUUGUACCAUGGGGUGGGCCCCGGGCCCGGGAAGGAAGACGCACUCUGUCCCCUGCCACUUCUGCCUGCACCUCCGGGGCUGUGACUUGCCUCUGCCUCCAGGGCCCAGGCAGGGACCCACUGGGACCUCCCAAGGCCUGAGGUGGGUCCUGGGACCCCUGGGUAGAGCCACCUGCCCGUGGCCUCGGUGUGGCCCUGCCCAGCUGUGUCUCCCAGCACCCUCUGUCCCCUCCUCCUCCAGGGGCCCCUGUGGCACAGUGACUGGGCUCCCUCCUGGCCCCAUCACAUCACCUCCUUGAGCCGCAGCCUCCUGGGGGUCCAGUGGGGAGCCUCCCACACAGGGUGGUUGUGGGGUGCAGAGAGGACAAGGUCCCCGGGGACCCUAAGAGCCAGGGCCGCUCUCCCUCACCCCCUUGGCUGGGAGGGCCUGGCCAGCCCCAAGCAUGACAUGCACCACGGAGAUUCAGGUAGUGAGGGUGACAGGUGCGGGGUUGGCCCUGUCAGAAGGAAGGGGCAGGCAGUUUGGCCUUCUCCUGGGCCAUGUCGCGCCCACCGUGUGCUGCUGCAGGGCCCUGUCCUGCAUGGGGCCCAAGUGGCUACGCAGGGAGAAGGGAAGGGGGACGUUCCUCCCUCUGCCCAAGGCAGGGUCUGGGUGUAAUGGGGCUGAGCGAGGGGCCCCUCUGCACUGUGACUGCCUGGGAUGGGCACUGGCCUCAGCUGCGCCCGCCGCCGCCGUGGAAUAAAACCUGAAGAAACA